AUGGUCCGUCAAUGUUUCUCCAUCUUCUACGCUCCAUCAUCUCUUCAUUCACGUUCCCACUUUGCGACAAUUUUCCUCAAUGCUCUACGACACAAGCAGGUGGCCCUGCUCGGUGUAUCCCCACCAGACAUUGCCACUCUUUUGGACACUAAAACCGAGAAAACCCUCACCCCGUUCUCCAGCUCCAAUUUGGAUGCAGGUGAUUUCUCUCGCCCAAUUUCGUGCCAGUUUACAGAGGACGCAGCCACAGCAAAUAACCGUUUACCCGGAUAUUAUUAG